GCAGCGGCUGGGAGAUCACAGCCUGCACACCCACUGGGGUGGAGGAGCAGGGGGCCAGUGCUGCCUUCAGGAACUCUGCCUGGGCUGGGACUGCCAUUGGGGGACGGCCCCUCUUUGAUACUGGGACCCCUUCACCAACACUCUUCACUAUGCUUCUUAAAGGGAUCAGAGCAUUUUCCCUCGGAUUCCAUGCAAGCCAGACUGGGGACGUUUUGUGGGGACUUUGAGUCUUUCCUGCCUGCUUCCUUCGCCAGGGGCAGCCUUCCUCUGGCUGACUGAUGGGGCUCCCUCAGAGGCAUGGCUCUGACCAGCACCCCCAGUGCUGACCUGGCUCCUGGGCUCUUGCUGCCUCUGCUAGCCUCUUGCUUCCCCCCUCCGGGGGCAGGGUGGUGAGUCUGGGACGCAGACCUGAGGGUGCCUGGAGAUUGUCCGUUUUCCCCAACAGCCCGGCACCCAAGCUGGAGGACGGGGAGGUUGUUGGGGGUGAGGAUGAGAUGAGCGGGGGCCGCUUUGACUUUGAUGAUGGUGGGGCAUACUGUGGGGGCUGGGAAGGGGGGAAGGCCCACGGGCAUGGCCUGUGCACCGGCCCCAAGGGCCAGGGCGAAUACUCGGGCUCCUGGAACUUUGGCUUUGAAGUGGCGGGCGUCUACACCUGGCCCAGCGGAAACACCUUCGAGGGAUACUGGAGCCAGGGCAAACGCCAUGGGCUGGGCAUAGAGACCAAGGGGCGCUGGCUGUACAAGGGGGAGUGGACGCAUGGCUUCAAGGGACGCUAUGGAACCCGGCAGAGCUCCAGCAGCGGUGCCAAGUACGAGGGAACUUGGAACAAUGGUCUGCAGGACGGCUAUGGCACUGAGACCUACGCAGACGGAGGGACGUACCAAGGCCAGUUCACCAACGGCAUGCGCCACGGCUACGGGGUGCGCCAGAGCGUGCCCUACGGCAUAGCCGUGGUGGUCCUGGGCGAGGGCGCCGAGGGCGCUGACGAGGCCGCACCCUUUGAGGCGGACAUCGACGCCACCACUACCGAAACCUACAUGGGCGAGUGGAAGAACGACAAGCGCUCGGGCUUCGGCGUGAGCGAGCGCUCCAGCGGCCUCCGCUACGAGGGCGAGUGGCUGGAUAACCUGCGCCACGGCUACGGUUGCACCACGCUGCCUGACGGCCACCGUGAGGAGGGCAAGUAUCGCCACAACGUGCUGGUCAAGGCCACCAAGCGCCGCGUGUUGCCGCUGAAGAGCAGCAAGGUCCGCCAGAAGGUGGAGCACAGCGUGGAGGGUGCCCAGCGCGCUGCGGCCAUAGCGCGCCAGAAGGCCGAGAUUGCUGCCUCCAGGACAAGCCACGCGAAGGCCAAAGCUGAGGCAGCAGAGCAGGCUGCCCUGGCUGCCAACCAGGAGUCCAACAUUGCCCGCACUCUGGCCCGGGAGCUGGCCCCAGACUUCUACCAGCCAGGUCCGGAAUAUCAGAAGCGCCGGCUCCUCCAGGAGAUCCUGGAGAACUCGGAGAGCCUGCUGGAGCCCCCCACUCGGGGCGCGGGCGCCGCGGGCCCCCGGUCCGCGCCCCCGUCCCCGGCCACUGCCUCAGCACAGGCCUCAACGGCCGGAAACCCGGAGCCCGCACCCCAGACCCCUGCCAAGCUGGAGCCCAAACCUAUCGUCCCCAAAGCCGAGCCCAAGGCGAAGGCCCGCAAGACGGAGGCCCGAGGGCUGAGCAAGGCGGGGGCCAAGAAGAAGGCUCGCAAGGAUGCAGCGCUGGCGACGGAGGCGGAGGUGGAGGUGGAGGAGGUCCCCAACACUGUCCUCAUCUGCAUGGUGAUCCUGCUUAACAUCGGCCUGGCCAUCCUCUUCGUUCACCUCCUGACCUGACCCUCGUCUACCAGAGCCAGGAGUUCCGCCGAGGGUGUCAGGACUCAUCUUUUUGCAAUGCAAGGCAGGUGACCAAGGAGGACUGGACUCGACCUGCAGCCCCAGGCCCAGCUCACACCAUGCCACAGGCGUUUCAGGAGCCUCCUGUGGGCCCAGGCUGGGUGUCUGGGUGCCAGAGGAAUAGAAUAUCUGGGAACGCUGAAGGAGCACUCUGCCCAGGGACAAAGGAGGCCCUGAGGGAAGAGCCCUGGUCUCCUGAGUUUCCUGAUCUGCUGUCCCCCAUCCUCAUCCGCUUCCUUGCCUUGCCGCUCGUCACCCCCUCCCUGGGCUUUUGUGUGUUUUAGGAGAUGUCACCUAAGCAGGAUGUUAAUGCUGAAUCCCUCCCUUUUCCUUCCACCUUGCUCUCACUUUAAUUUAAUCCUCCGCCCCGGUGGACUGAGGCCACCCAGGAAGCUGAGAGGUUGCUGAAAUGUCUCAGACAAUGCAGCCUUACCCAGCACACACUGCCCCAGGCUUACAGAUGCUCUGGAUGACGCGGAGAUGAACAAACUCGGUGGAAUACGCCCGCGUGCAGUGCUCUGCUCCCAUAGCACAGGGAGAUGUACCUGUCAAGCUUUGGAGCCUUUUACUAGGAAGCCACUGAGCAGGGGACAGAGCUAGGCUGGGAAGAAGGGUAGGGUGCUCUUGUGCUGGCCCCUGUUUUUGCUUGUGUAUGAGCCUGUGGCUGGGAGUAAGUUUAGGGCUGUCUGCUCGGGUUGCUGUGUAGGAGCCCUGGGGCCAGCGAGCUACAGCAGCUGUGAUGCCCUGUGAAUUGGUUUGUUCCCUCCCUGACCAGGGCCAGUGUGGACUCAGGGGAGCAUGGCACGGAAGCUCUAGCAGUGAGGCUGACUCUCAGGCAGGUGCUGAAGAAGAACAUUUCCCAGGAAUAGAGGAGCAGGUCUGAGCUCCAGCCGAGUGCGGUCUGUGCAGUAACAAGCCCCUUUCAGUUUGGCAGAAGGUGACACUUGCGUGUACCUCACUUAAAGGUGUUUAUACCACACUGAGCCUCUGGCCCUUGGGCCUCUAGGAGUGGCGUAAGGGCUGAGAGCUUGAAGCUCCUGCCCCCAGGAGCAUGGAAGAAAAGAGCUUCCGGGCCCCUCCAGGCCUAGGGAAGCAUGUGGCAAGGGGAGCAGAGGUGGAGGGAGUGGCUGCUCUUCCAUUUGUCUCUGUGAACCUCAGGGGCUGGGGCAUGAGGGCCAGGUCCCCCCAGGACAACUCAGGGCCUGAGUGUCUGGGGUCAGCUUUUCCUUUCACCCCUUAGUCCACAGGAACCUUCCCCUGCAGCUCACAGUUGCUGUUUCCAGCCCUGCUGGGAACUCGUGGCUUGGCUGGAACCCUGUUCAGCCAUUCUGCAGAGAGGAGGCUGCAGGCGCUCCCAUCGCAGCCAGCCACGGGCACACAGGGCUCUGAACCUGUAUUUGGGCUUUGCUGGACUCCUGGGGAACGAGGUGGGCGGGCGGGGACUGCUCAGGGCUGAUAGGCUGCAGGCCUGAGUUCUGAGGUUAUUGUUCUUGUUUCCUGGGCCUGGUCCAGUGUUGGGGACCAGCCUGUGGCUACCAGAGCUGCUGGAACUAAUUUGGGGCUGGUGUUGGGGUGCGGGUUCAGGAUGCUGAGUCUGUGCAAUAAUAAACCUACG